UUUCUUCCUCCGACCUCCGCAGCGAAUCGGACCAGGGGAUAGGGUUCCGCCGCGCCUCUCCAACCAGGCGCCACUCGCCAGGGUCUAGGCUGAUCAUGGAAGGAAACGUCGCAGCCGGGAAGAGGUCCCGGACGGAGACGGCGAACGGGGCUGCCGGCGGCGGGAAGCGCUCCAAAGACAUGGAGUCAUUUCAAACUGGUCUAUCAAGCAAAUCGAAGCCUUGCAACAAGUUUUUCAGUACGAUUGGGUGCCCGUUUGGUGAGGGAUGUCGUUUUCUGCACUUUGUCCCUGGCGGUUACCCGGCAGUUGCAAAAAUGCUCAAUCUAGGUAGCCCUGCUGUAUCUGCGCCAUCAAGAACUCAUGUGGAUCACGCCGCUCUUACUGGCACCUCUCAUUCAGCUUCGUCAGGCAAGACACGCAUGUGCACCAAGUACAAUACUACAGAAGGCUGCAGAUUUGGUGAUAAGUGCCACUUUGCUCAUAGCGAAAGAGAACUUGGGAAACCAGCGUACAUGCCUUAUGGAGAACCUCCUAUGGGCGGUCGAUUUGGAGGCCGACCUGAACCUGUGCAGCCAGCUGCCAUGGGCCCUCCAGCAGGAAACUUUGGUGCCUCGGCGACUGCCAAGAUCAGUGUGGAUGCGUCUCUUGCCGGUGGCAUAAUUGGUAAGGGCGGGGUCAACACUAAGCAGAUAAGCAGAGUCACAGGCGUCAAGCUCUGUAUCCGCGACCACGAGUCUAGCCCCAACCUGAAGAACAUUGAGCUGGAAGGCAAUUUUGACCAGAUCAAGCAAGCCGGCGAAAUGGUGAGGGACCUCAUCGCGACCAUCAGCACGAGCAUGCCGGCGAAAAACUCAUCUGCUGCCGUGGCUCCAGCAGGAGGCCGAGGCGGUGGUCUGGGUAGCAAGAGCAACUACAAGACGAAGCUAUGCGAGAACUUCGCGAAGGGUGCCUGUACUUUCGGCGAGCGGUGCCACUUUGCCCAUGGCGAGAACGAGCAGCGGAGUGGUGCUGUUUGAGAGUUGAGGUGCCAACUCUAGGCAUGACAUGUCCUGUGCUCUCCAUUUGCUUCUCUGAAUUCCCUCCUUGUAGCGUUAGACGGUUAGACUGUCGUAUUGCGAUUUCAAUGGAUUCAACUGAGUUCAGCUUUAAGAAAACGUUAAUCUGUUGUUCCCCUGAAUGUUGUGACUUGUCAGUAAGUUAGCAGCUGCUAGCCAAUCUUGUUUGGACGGUCAUACAUUCAUCUUAAAUCUUUAUGCAUUCAUCUUAAUUU